ACCUCUCCCCUACUUUAACUGAUGACUGCGCACUCUCGUUCGUCUCUGCGAGCGCGCGCCUGCAGGUUAACAUGCCGACAAAUGUUCGUUUUGAUUAACUUUUCCUUUAGAAAACCAUUUUUUGCCAAAAUAAUUUUUACCAUUACACUUUGCACAGUGUUUUCCAUAUGCUGACACUGUUCAGACCGAUGCUCGGUACCACAGCGCUCGCAGCUAUCCUGCUCUGCGCCUUGCUUUCCUUCGAAGGGCUUUGCACCGAUCACGUGCACGCUCUUACCACCCGUUUAGACGUGAAUCUGGCCACUGGACUGUAAGCUCUGUGUUUCUCAACAAACGUUGUCCGACCUUUGUAUCACUAAACGAUCUGUAAACAGUGAGCAGUACAUCAUCAAGCUUGAUUCCAUCACCGUUAUCAUCCUCGAAGACGAAGGUAUUGUACGCUUUAACAGGUUCUGUAUGAGACUGACACCUCUAGUGGACCUUUCAGUAUGUGAGUUGUUUACAGACACGCCUGCUUUGCACACUUCUCUCAAACACACAACCAGGAAACUCCGUGAGAAGAAACUGACACUGAUCGGCUGGUGUAUGUAUGGGUGCAGAUGCAGUGAAAUGGCUGAAGCCACUGUGUCAGAGGAUCAGUUCAUCUGUCCGGUGUGUCUGGAUCUCCUGAAGGACCCUGUGGCCAUUGCCUGUGGACACAGUUACUGUAUGAGCUGCAUUACAGACUGCUGGGAUCAAGAGGAUCAGAAGAGAGUCUACAGCUGCCCUCAGUGCAGACAGACCUUCAGCCCAAGACCUAGUAUAAGUAAAAACACCAUGCUGGCCGAAGUGGUGGAGAAACUGAAGAAGACCGAACUAAAGGCUGCUGUUCCCGCUGGACCCGGAGACGUGGAGUGUGACAUCUGCACUGGAAGAAAACACAAAGCUGUCAAGUCCUGUCUGGUGUGUCUGGAGUCUUACUGUCAAACUCACUUUGAGAGUCACCAGGAGUUUCGCUCCGGAAAGAGACACAAAGUGAUUGAUGCCACUGGACGACUGCAGCAGAUGAUCUGCCAGAAACACGAGAAGCUUCUGGAGGUGUUCUGUCGUACUGACCAGCGAUGUGUUUGCAUGAUGUGUGCAAUGGAUGAACAUAAAAACCAUGAGACUGUAUCGACUGCAGCAGAGAGGACAGAGAAAGAGAAACACCUGAAGGAGACACAGAGAAAUCUCCAGCAGAGAAUCCAGCAGAGACAGACCGAUCUCCAGCAGCUGAGAGAGGCUGUGGAGUCUCAUAAGCGCUCUGCACAGACAGCAGUGGAGGACAGUGAGAGGAUGUUCACUGAGCUCAUCCGCUCCAUUGAGAGAAGCCGCUCUGAGCUGAUACGACUGAUCAGAGAUAAGGAGAAGACUGCAGUGAGUCGAGCUGAAGGACAAAUGGAGCGACUGGAGCAGGAGAUUGAAGAUCUGAAGAAGAGAAACACUGAGCUGGAGCAGCUCUCACACACAGAAGAUCACAUCCAUUUCCUGCAGAGUCUUCAGUGUCUCUCGGCUCCUCCUGAAUCUACAGAAAACAUCUCUGUCGGUGUCCUCUCUUCUUUUGAUGACGUGAGAGAAUCUGUCGGUCAGCUGAGACUCAAACUGGAGGAUUUCUGCAAAGAGGAGAUGAAAAAUCUAUCUGUCACUCACAGUUACAUUGUUCCCAGAACCAGAGAGGAUCUCCUGCAAUAUUCCCACCAGCUCACUCUGGAUCCAAACACGGCCCACAAACGCCUCAGUCUGUCUGAGGGGAACCGAGUGGUGACCUGCAGUGGCACACCCCAGCUGUAUCCUGAUCAUCCCGACAGAUUUGAUUAUUACCCUCAGCUGCUGUGUAGAGAGAGUGUGUGUGGACGCUGUUACUGGGAGCUGGAGUGGAGUGGAUCUGUUUAUGGUGUGGGUAUAUCAGUGUCCUAUAAGAGCAUCAGCAGGAAGGGCUCGGGUUAUGAGUGCUUCUUUGGAUUCAAUGAUCAGUCCUGGAGCUUGUCCUGCUCUCCCUCCAGUUUCUCAUUCUGGCACAAUAACAAACAGACUAAACUCCCUGUUCCCUCCAGCUGCUGUAGGAUAGGAGUGUUUGUGGAUCACGGAGCAGGAACUCUGUCCUUCUACAGCGUCUCUGACACAGUGAGCCUCAUCCACACAGUCCUGACCACAUUCACGCAGCCGCUCUAUCCUGGGUUCAACGUCUACGGUCGUCAAUCAUCAGCUAAACUAUUAGAAGUAUGUACAGUGUAGAGAUUUUACACGUUGUACUGUUAUCAGGGGUCAAAGCAAAAAAAAAAAAUCCUGAGCCUGAACUUUUUCCCGGGAGUUGGGGAAAAACAUUCUGAAAUGUUGUUCAAAAGGAAUAAUGGUAAAUUAAAUACUAGGAAAUGAAUAUAAAAUAGGAAAUAUACAAAGACAGUUUACUACAGAAAACUACAGUUCAGUUUAAUUAACAACAUCUAAAACAUUAAAAUGGUCCAAGAGCUGGUAACUUAAACAGGGUUCAUAGAGAUACUGCAAAAUAAAAUUUGAGGACUUUAAAGGACUUUCACUACUUUUUUGGUUUUCAAGGACUAAAAUCAGAUCUCCCUUAUCAAUAUUGUUAUCUUUCAAAUUCUAAUAAAUAAACUAAUUAAACAAAAUGGUAUAAAUAAAGUGCAGCACAUGCAAAGAAUGCAAUGACUUUGGUAACUUUAACAUUUGAAAGGAUACUAUGCCAAAGUUAUCGCUUUCCUUAUUCAAACUGAUU